GUAUAAAACCGAGAGGAGCAACAACGAGUCGAUCAGUGUAACAACAUUUGGCGUUUACAAAGCUAAACUUGAGUGAUAACAAAAACAGAGUGACUAGCUGAUAUUAGCUAAAAAAUUGGAAAUAUUUUUCAAGUGUAGGAAAAAGUAUAAACAAAUUAAAACAACAAAAUGCCUUGCCCAUGUGGAAGCGGUUGCAAAUGCGGUUCGGAGCCUAAGACUGGCAAUUGCGGUUGUGGUGCGGCGUGCAAGUGCUGUCCCUGUGGAAGCGCUUGCAAAUGCGGCUCACAAUCACAAAGUGGCAGCUGCGGUUGCGGCUCAAGCUGCAAAUGUGGCCAGUAAGGAGUACAAAUAUCCAUUAACAGCCGUACCUUAUUAAGUUUAAGCUUUUAAUUUAUUUUCACAAUUUAAUCGUUAAUUACAUAUAUCCAUCCAUAAGAAUAUAUAAUUAAAAACUGUUGUUUAUACAUAUGUACAUACAUACAUUAAUGUAAAGCUUGUGUGCUUGAUAUCACAUUUGUUUGUCAAUAAAUAACAAAAAGAAAACAAA